AUGUCCUUCUCUAUGGAUUUCGACAUCGACGAAUUCAUGAACUUCAAUAACCCUGACUUAUUUGACGAGAAUAUGUUGGUUAGCCAUAGUCUUGGAACAGACAUGGAUUCAAACACGGUUCCCCAACACUUUCCCAUAGACGAUCAGGUGGACUUGCUCCCUCACUACGUUGGCGACGCAGGCGUCAAACCCAACGAGUAUCCAGCAAAUUACACCGCGCCCACCUCCGACGUUGUCGGGUGGCCUGUUAGUCGUACUGUUCAUUCAAUUGGUCCAGCGGAUCAAUCAGCAUUACCGCUUCCGAUGUUCACAGAUCCCUGGGCCCCCCGUCCUUCCGAAACUCUUGAUGAGGCACACCAUUCUAUUUCAAUCCGCAUGUGUCAGAUGUUAAACGACAAUGUUCCUCCUCAUCGAACUGCCGCGGAGCACUCUAAAAUAAUCUUCAACGCCUUACAGGAGAGUAUUGAAGCUGAAUCAGACACCGACCUAGUUCAAGCAUUGUGUGGCCCUGUGGAUCUUCUCGACUACUCUGAUACUGUAUUGGGAGAGGCCCAGAGCGAAGGUGUACCUCCAAUGGAUAUUGGGACUGCAUUUUCCGAAGGGUCUGUCACAUCUCUAGCCAGCGAAGCGCAAGCAUACGCUGCUGCUUAUGCCGCUGAUAUGUAUAACGAGAACCGCGUAUUAAAGCUCUCAUGUACCGACAAUGCCGCUGAAGUUAUCGCCGAAAACGACAGUCACGCUUUCCAGAAUUCGUACAGCGUGUUCAACCAGGACGGCUUCACCUCUGCGGCUAUGCUCGAGCAAGACAUCCCCUUUGAUUUUCCCGCCGAUCAGCCUGAGCCUACACAGGGAGUUCAGUUUAAUGUUUUGCAGGCCCCACUCCCCUUAAUGGGCGCUGGCAUCAAUAAUACCCUUGGAGUGCAGCUCAUUGGCUCUGGUUCUUCUAGCUUGCCUGGUACUUCCAAACUUGCUGAUAUCAAGUUUGUCUGCCGUUGGGGCCUCGAACCCUGUGGCAAGCCGAUUAGCAAAAAUAACGUCAAAAAGCAUCUCACGAGGCAUCACGGUUUGAAGCUGGGAUUGAAGGAUGCGGUGCGCUGUGAGUGGGAGGGUUGCAAUAGGCAGUUGCUUCUCGCCAACAUUAGCCGACAUAUUGCUACGUUACACCUCCCCAUCUGUUUGGUAUGCUCAGCAUGUGGUCAGGAAUUCCCUGGACGAGAUGCUGUGUGGAGGCAUAUCGUGGGCAACCACCCAGGUUACCAGCAUGCGGCACCGACCCGGGUUAAACGACACGACUGA